CUGGAAUACUGAAAGGUACUAUCGCAUAUAUAAAUAGGCUUAGACAUAUCCUCAACGAAAAAUGGACAUUAAGGACCAAGGUGCCCAAAUGGAGCCGCUGCUGCCAACGGUGCAUACCCCUGAUGGAGACAGAAGUGUGAGGAACGAUGAGGAGGCCGUGGUGGACAGGGGUGGAACCCGAUCCAUGUUGAAAACCAACUUUGAGAAGGAGGAGCUGGAAGGCCACAGGACACUCUACAUAGGCGUGCACGUUCCUCUUGGAAGCAGAAGGACGCACAGAAGACACCGGCAUCAUGGACACAAGCACAAGAAGAGAGACCGAGAGCAGGACUCCGGAGUGGACGAUGGCCGGGAAUCUCCCACUUACAACACACCCUCACAGAGAGUGCAGUUUCUCCUGGGCACGGAGGAUGAUGAUGAGCAGCACAUCCCCCAUGACCUCUUCACUGAGCUGGACGAGAUCUGCCUGCGUGAGGGAGAGGACGCCGAGUGGAAGGAGACGGCCAGGUGGCUGAAGUUCGAGGAGGACGUGGAGGAUGGAGGGGAGCGCUGGAGCAAGCCCUACGUGGCCACGCUGUUCCUGCACAGCCUGUUCGAGCUGCGCAGCUGCAUCCUCAACGGCACCGUGCUGCUGGACAUGAAGGCCAGCUCACUGGAGGAUGUGGCAGACAUGGUUCUGGACCAGCAGGAAGGCUCUGCCCCGCUGGGGGAGGAGGUCCGUAAGAAGAUCCGGGAUGCCCUGCUCAAGCACCAUCACCACCAGAACCACAAGAAGCUAGCCAAUCGGAUCCCCAUCGUCCGCUCCUUUGCCGACAUCGGCAAGAAACAGUCAGAGCCACACUCCAUGGACAAGAAUGGUCAGAUGGUGUCUCCUCAGUCCCUUCCCAGCAGCACUGAGGGGAAGGGGGAUGUCAGCCGGGAGAACAGCGCUGUGGACUUCAGCAAAAUAGACCUUCACUUCAUGAAGAAGAUCCCUCCAGGUGCCGAGGCCUCCAACAUCCUGGUGGGUGAGCUGGAGUUCCUGGACCGGCCUGUGGUGGCGUUUGUGCGCCUCUCCCCCGCGAUCCUGCUGAACGGGCUCACAGAGGUCCCCAUCAGCACGAGGUUCCUGUUCAUCCUGCUAGGCCCGCCAGGGAAGGGGCCUCAGUACCAUGAGAUCGGGAGAUCGAUCGGAGCGAUAAUGACCGAUGAGGUGUUCCACGAUGUUGCUUACAAAGCCAAAGACCGGAACGAUCUGGUGGCCGGCAUUGACGAGUUCCUGGACCAGGUGACAGUGUUGCCACCGGGAGAAUGGGACCCAUCUAUCAGAAUAGAGCCACCAAAAAACGUACCCUCUCAGGAGAAGCGGAAGAUUGCUGCCGCGUCCAACGGCACAGCCGAAAUGGGUGAGCACGGAGGACAUGGGGGGCCAGAGUUAGAGCGCACAGGGAGGUUCUUCGGAGGCCUGGUCUUGGACGUGAAGCGCAAAGUGCCGCACUACUUGUCGGACUACGCGGACGCGGUCAGCCUGCAGUGCCUGGCCUCCUUCCUCUUCCUGUACUGCGCCUGCAUGUCUCCCGUCAUCACUUUCGGGGGCCUGCUGGGGGAGGCCACGGACGGCCGCAUAAGUGCCAUUGAAUCCCUUUUCGGAGCCUCCAUGACAGGAAUUGCCUAUUCCCUGUUUUCAGGCCAGCCACUCACUAUUCUGGGCAGCACGGGCCCAGUGCUGGUGUUCGAGAAGAUACUGUUCAAAUUCUGCAAAGAAUAUGGACUGUCCUACCUCUCGCUGAGAGCCUGCAUAGGCCUGUGGACGGCUACCCUCUGCCUGGUGCUGGUGGCCACAGACGCCAGCUCGCUGGUCUGCUACAUCACCCGCUUCACAGAGGAGGCCUUCGCCUCCCUCAUCUGCAUCAUCUUCAUCUACGAGGCCUUGGAGAAGCUCCUGCACCUGGGAGAACAUUACCCCAUCAACAUGAACAACAACCUGGACAAACUCACCCAGUACACCUGUGAGUGUGUGAGACCCCCGGACCCCAGCAAUGCCACUCUGGCGUACUGGAAUGAGAGGAACAUUACAGCCUCGCAACUCGAUUGGCAGGGACUGAAUGUCGAGGAGUGUAUAGAGAACAGAGGGGAGUUUGUGGGCAGUGCGUGUGGCCCACACGGACCCUACAUCCCUGAUGUCCUCUUCUGGUCCGUCGUGCUCUUCUUCUCCACUGUCGCCAUGUCCGCCUUUCUGAAAGACUUCAAAACCAGCCGCUACUUCCCAACUAAGGUUAGGUCCAUCAUCAGUGACUUUGCAGUCUUCAUCACUAUUUUAACCAUGGUCUUGGUUGACUAUGCCUUAGGAAUCCAAUCUCCAAAACUUCAGGUCCCCAAUGUAUUUAAGCCGACCAGAGAUGACCGUGGUUGGCUGGUCAACCCCGUGGGCCCAAACCCCUGGUGGACCACCAUCGUGACGUUCAUUCCCGCCCUGCUGUGCACUAUUCUCAUAUUCAUGGACCAGCAGAUCACGGCCGUCAUCAUCAACAGGAAGGAACACAAACUAAAGAAAGGCUGUGGGUACCACCUGGACCUGCUGGUGGUGGGGGUGAUGCUCGGCGUGUGCUCCAUCAUGGGGCUGCCCUGGUUUGUGGCGGCCACCGUGCUCUCCAUCUCCCACGUCAACAGCCUGAAGCUGGAGUCGGAGUGCUCCGCCCCCGGGGAGCAGCCCAAGUUCCUGGGCAUCCGGGAGCAGCGCUUCACCGGGCUGAUGAUCUUCCUGCUCAUGGGCUGCUCCGUCUUCAUGACCUCUGUGCUCAAGUUUAUACCCAUGCCUGUGCUGUAUGGAGUUUUCCUCUACAUGGGUGCAUCAUCCCUGAGGGGUAUACAGUUCUUUGACCGUGUGAAGCUUUUCGGCAUGCCAGCCAAACACCAGCCCGACUUCAUCUACCUUCGUCACGUGCCCCUGAGGAAGGUGCACCUCUUCACCAUCAUCCAGCUCAGCUGCCUGGUCCUGCUGUGGGUCAUCAAGACCUCACGUGCGGCCAUCGUGUUCCCCAUGAUGGUGCUGGCUCUGGUGUUCAUCCGGAAGCUUCUGGAUUUCUUCUUCACAAAGAGAGAGCUGAGCUGGCUGGAUGACCUCAUGCCAGAGAGCAAGAAGAAGAAACUAGAGGAUGCUGAGCAAGAGGAGGAACAGAGUAUCCUGGCAGAAGAGGAGGGGAUUGUGCAGGUGCCAUUGGAAGGUCAUAAGAAUGACCCAUCCACGGUGAACAUCUCUGAUGAAAUGUCCAAAACGUCUUUUGGAAAUGUCUGGAAGUCCCUCAGCACAGACAGCUCCAAGAAGGAGCAAAGCUCUAAAAGCUCACUUUCCUAACCUCUUAGAAGCUGAUUUCCUAAAGCAAUUCCAAGAAGGCCAAAAGGAAAAAGAGGACGAAUCAGGAGAAUGACUUGGACCGGGAGACGAGUCUGUGAUGUUUCCUUCGUCACUGUGCUUUUUAAACAAUUGCAUUUUGUGUGCCACAGUAUCCAAUUGGGUAGACCACCUCUGUGUGUUUUGUCCUGUAGUCCUUGUACUUUGUGUGAACUGUUUUUGAUGCAACUGAAUCUGUGCUUCUUUAAGAGGCAAACAUGUAACCAUUAAGAUAAGUUUUCUUUCUUGUGUGUGUGAACUUACAGUUAUACCAGCAAAUACAAUUACAAUCCCUCAAACUAGAGCACCACACAUAUGUGCCAGUUUAGUGCUCCUUUCCUUCUGAGAAAAUGUAUGAAGUGUAAUUUAUUUUGGUGUGAAUUAAUUUAUUCUUAAGAUGAAUCUGGGCAGAAUCCCUUCUUUAGGUGAACACACCUGACCCAACAUAUGUUGUCUCUGAAAUGCUGUGGCCAAGCAAUGGAGAGUCAGCAGUGUUUUGGGCUUGAUAUAGAUCAUUGCAAAGUAGAAGAGGGCUGAUAAAAUUAUAAACCAGUUGCCACCCAAGAGAAGGCUGUGUCACAGAGGAAUCAUUAGAUUACAUUUCUGCUCCGAGUGAGUGUAUUGUCCAGAGACUAUUUUCUUUGGCAUGAAUCCUGUGGAAUAGCCUAUAAACGCCAAUGAGUCUUCAUCAUUUGCCACUGUAGGUUUCAUGAUCAAUAUUAAUGUUUUUUCAUGUCCUAAAUAUGAUGUGCGAUUCAUAAAUCGUUGUUUGUGGUUUUAUUCGUUUUUUUUAUGUGGUUUUUAUUCUUUAUUUUGUUUGUGGUUUUAUUCUACCAGUGAAUGCACCGCGGGGUUCCACAAGUAAAUACAGUAUCAAUUAUUAUCAUCUCUACUGGAUAUAUGUAAGCUAAACAGGAAGAUGGGAUCAUGACCGAAUGGAUGCAAUAGAAUAUAAAAUUUUCAUAUCUUUAUUUAUAUAGAUCUUUUGGUAGUUGCAAUUGUUUUUUAAAUAUUUUUUUAUAUGCAUGCUGUGUGGUUGUGUUUCUCAGCACCCUGUGCCAUUGCCACAUGUUGUAAUAGGUGUAUGUGUCCCAUAUGUACACAGUAUGAAGCAGUGAUAGCCACAAUUAAAAUAAAUGUCGUAGGAAAUGUAAUGUUCCCCAUUCUAAACUUCCAUUUCAAAACAUGCUAGGCAACAUAUUUUGUAUUGCCUUGCAAAAACACACACAAAAUGAAAUACUGUUCCUGAUUAGUAUGAGGAGCAAGUUGUAUGUUGUGAGACUAUGUAUUUUUAAAUGUUUUGUAGAUAUUUUUUCCAAAAUAUAAGGGACCGCUACCAUUUGGAAAUGAUAUUGUUAAAAAACAUGAUUACAUUUGAAAACCCGAAGAACUAACUCAUAAUAAAUAUGACAACAAAUGAAAUACUUUACAGAUGCCAACUUUAUGCAUGAAUUUAUAAUAUUAUGAACCUGUUAUUUCAAAUUAAGAUCUGUAUAUAGAAUAUGAAAUAUUCUAUGACGGAUGAUGAUUGUAUUAUUUUGUAUUUAUAUGAGUCAUACGUUAUUUGAAUUUUUACUUUAAUUUACUUUCAUUUAAUUAUUUAAAAAGGCACAUUGUCGUGUAUUAUCACUAUGUUUACACGUUAUGUUUGUACACAAUUCACGUAUGAUGGUGUUGAAAGGUAUUGUGUGAAACACUGAACUGUACAUGCAGGCCAGUACACAAGGAAGAGUUGUUUUGGUUUUAUUGUACAUAAAUCUGAAUUUACAAAGAUUUUUUUUCCAUCAAAAAGGUCUGCAUAUACCUUGUAAUUGUUGGGGCUUAACAUGAUCGGAUUCUUUAAAGCUGUUGUUUAGAUUAGAGCUGUGAUGUGCGUAAUCAUGAGGAUGUGACCUGCCACCGACUUGCUUUCCACCCCCGCAGCCUUGGUCUUUCACUGCAUUGAAAACGAUUCCGCAUGUAACUGAUAAGCAGUUAAACUCGUAACAAUACGUGUUUUGAAGUUUCAUGUUUUAGCGUAAUAUCAAAUUGAGGAUUUUUACUCAAAAGAAUGUGACUUUUGCUUCAGAAGUGACAGUGACUGAAUCCGCUGAUAUGACAUGCUCAGAUAUUUUCAAUAAGUGUACAGUCUAGAUGAAGAUGUUGACUGUGACCUCACAGGAUUCUUGGUAAUUUAGAGACAAUACAGAUGGCAAUAGUACAUUUUCCCUAAAAGGGCAAAGUACAUUUAUUUUAUUUAAAGAACAAAACAUUAUUUUAUUGUACAGUCAAUAUUAUUUUGUUUGCAUAUGAAAUGUACAGUAAGUGUAAUUCCUAGAAUGUUACCCAUGUAACCUCUUGUUUCAUUUAUACAAGGAACAGGACAUGAUUAACUGGAAAGUAGAGUUUGUCAUGGUUCAAAUUUUAUCUUUGUACUGUCUUGUGUUUCUGAUUUGUAGAAUUAUCGUUAUAAAAUAAUGUUAAAGGAUACAUUCAGUCAAAGCUCACAGUCCUUAAAUGAACCAUUAUUUAUGGCAGUACAACUUCUUGUCAGAACCUACACGUUUCUGCCUUAAAUGUGCAAUUUUAUGGACUUGAGAUUGACCUUUGAUCAGAUUUCAAUAUGAAUUCACCUUUGUUAAAAUGUAAUUUAUUACAAAAGUGUUUAUGUGAAAACCAAUAAAUUUAUUUAAACACUCUU